AGGACAGACGGGAGGACAGAGACACACAGACACGCAAACAGCCGGGAGGAUGGGCCGGCGGAGCGGCCGUCGGUAGCGCUCUGUUUUCGGGGACGGAGCUGCAGGAUGAGCGUAGCGCUGCAGGACCUCCGGAACACCAUGUCCAGUUAUAAGCGAGCUACGUUGGACGAGGAGGAAGUGUCGGACGGUCCAGCUGAGGCAGCCUCGUCUCCUGACAGAGUGGAGGUGGGCUUCAGGAAGGGGGGUGUGGACUUCCUUGGCAGGAGGACCCAGCUGGAGGUUCUGCUUUCGGUGCUGCUGCUGGCUGCUCUGCUGGCUCUGCUGGUCUGUCUGCUGCUGCUGGGGCUCAGAUUCAGCUCAGAGGGUGGGCGUGGCCUUUGCCUGUCGGAGGCAUGCGUGACAGUAGCCAGUCAGAUGGUUGAGGCGAUGGACCGCAACGCCGACCCAUGCCACGACUUCUACCAGUUCUCCUGUGGAGGCUGGAUAAGGAAAAACCCACUGCCCGAUGGACGCUCGCGCUGGUCCACCUUCAACAGCAUCUGGGAGCAGAACCAGGCACUCCUCAAACAUCUGCUGGAAAACGGGACGUUUAAUGGCAGCAGCGAGGCGGAGAGGAAGACUCAGUCCUACUACCUGUCCUGUCUCAACACACAGAGGAUCGAGGAGCUGGGAGCUCAGCCUCUUAUAGACCUCAUCACCAAGAUCGGCGGCUGGAACAUGACGGGGCCCUGGGAGAAGGACAACUUCAUGGAGGUCCUGAAGGUGGUCUCCGGUCCGUACAGGGCUCAGCCCUUCUUCAGUGUGGGGGUCACCGCCGACCCCAAGAACUCCAACAGCAACAUCAUCCAGGUGGACCAAUCAGGGCUCUUCUUGCCGUCCCGGGACUAUUACCUCAACAAGACAGCCAAUGAGAAGGUGCUGCUGGCGUACCUGGACUACAUGGUGGAGCUGGGGAUGCUGCUGGGCGGUGAGAGGGCAGCGACACACCUGCAGAUGCAGCAGAUUCUGGACUUUGAGACAGCGCUUGCUAACAUCACCGUCCCCCAGGACCAACACCGUGACGAGGAGAAGAUCUACCACAAAGUCACUAUCGCUGAGUUACAGCUGCUGGCCCCGGCUGUGGACUGGCUGGACUACCUGUCAUCCUCUCUGUCUCCUCUGGAGCUCAAUGACAGCGAACCUGUUGUCCUCUUCGCCAGAGAAUACCUGCAGCAGGUCUCUGACAUCAUCAACAAGACCGACCACAGUCUGUUGAAUAACUACAUGAUGUGGACGUUGGUUCAGAAGAGUGUUGCCAGUCUGGAUCAACGUUUUGAGAACGCUCAGGACAAACUGCUGGAGAGUCUGUAUGGGACCAAGAAGUCCUGCACUCCACGCUGGCAGACAUGUAUCGGGAACACUGACGACACGUUGGGCUUUGCUCUGGGAGCGCUCUUCGUUAAGGCGACCUUUGACAAACACAGCAAGGAGAUUGCCGAGGAGAUGAUCAAUGAGAUCCGCUCAGCGUUUAAAGAAGCUCUGGACCAACUGAGCUGGAUGGACGACCAGACGAGACAGGCUGCUAAAGACAAGGCGGAUGCGAUCUAUGACAUGAUCGGUUUCCCAGAAUUCAUCCUGGACCCGAAAGAGCUGGAUGACGUUUAUGACGGGUACGACGUGUCCGACGACAGCUUCUUCCAGAACAUGUUGAACUUCUACAACUUCUCAUCCAGAGUGAUGGCCGACCAGCUGAGGAAGACUCCCAACAAAGACCAGUGGAGUAUGACUCCUCCUACAGUAAAUGCGUACUACAUGCCCAAUAAGAACGGCAUCGUCUUCCCUGCUGGGAUCCUUCAAGCUCCUUUCUACGCCCACGACCACCCCAAGGCGUUGAACUUUGGCGGGAUUGGGGUGGUGAUGGGUCACGAGCUCACGCAUGCCUUCGAUGACCAGGGCCGGGAGUACGAUAAGGACGGGAACCUGCGGCCGUGGUGGCAGAACUCGUCUGUGGAGGCGUUUCGUCAGAGGACAGAGUGCAUGAUGGAGCAGUACAGCCGCUACACCGUCAACACAGAACACGUCAACGGGAAGCAGACCCUCGGAGAAAACAUCGCCGACAAUGGAGGCCUGAAGGCCGCGUACCAUGCAUAUCGGUCGUGGGUCCAGAAGAACGGAGAGGAGAAGAGACUUCCUGCUGUCAACCUGACCAAUGACCAGCUCUUCUUCGUGGGAUUUGCUCAGGUGUGGUGCUCAGUUCGAACACCAGAGAGCGCUCAUGAAGGCCUGCUGACUGACCCCCACAGCCCCCCGCGCUACCGCGUCAUCGGCACACUCGCCAACUCUCCGGACUUCAGCCGCCACUUCAACUGUCCUGCAGGGUCGCCCAUGAACACCGGGAGGCGCUGCGAGGUCUGGUAGAAAGGCCCGAUACGUCAGCGUCAGAGGGGUUAAUUAGUCCGUCUGGUCAUUAAGAGGUCGAGGGUGUUCAUCAGGAAACACGCCCGUCAUUUAACAAAACACAUUUAGUUUAAUUGACCGGUGAGUGUCUUAAUUAACAGGUUAUCCUUUAAUUACCAGGUGAGGCUUGUUAGUGUCUUAAUUAGGAGUCAGGUCUGAUGAUGGACAGGUGGAGGUUAUUCAGUGGUUACUAGAAGCUUAUUAAGAGGUUAUUAGAAGGUGUUAAUUAGGGCGGGUCAGGUGUAAUAUUCAGUUUCAAUAUAAAUAUGUUAAUUAGAGACGAUCAGACUGACUUCCUGUCUGGAAACUAGACGGACUCAGUGGACUUCACACAGAAACGUGAUGGACUGAUGAAGAUGAAGCCACAUGGAACGAUGUUGCUGAUCAGCAUUUCUGUUUUAUCAACCUUAUUGAUUAUUAUUAAUGGUUUUUGUGUGCGUGUGUGUGUUGUCCAUUGUAUGAAAGAGCUGUAACUCUGUCUCUCUGAUGACAUCACUGUGAUGACCUCAUACGAAAGUGAACUGUUACAUCAUUAUUCAUGGCGGUGUGUGUGUGUGUGUGUGUGUGUGUGUGUGUGUGUGUGUGUGUGUGUGUGUGUGUUGGCCUCAGAGGGUCCAACUGUGGAGAGUGAGGUCACAUCCUUUAGUCCCCAGAAGUGAGGUCAUUUCCUGUCCCCCAUCUUUACCAAGGUUGUAUUUUUUAGGUAAUUUAGCAGAGUAUUUAUUUUACACUGAACACACUACAAUCUAGUUUUUUACCAGACAACAUAUUAACACUACAGUCUGGAUCAGAGAGUUCAAUAAAAAAAGAAGAAAAUCAAAUGCUAAUGGAAGUGACACACCGGGCUUCUGGGGGUCAUACUCUCUUCCCAUUGGCUCACACACCUGAUGUCCCCAGGUGUGAGGUCCACAGUUGGACUUGAUUGGCCAUCAGGCGUACAGUCCUGAUCUUUCCUGUAGUGUCACCGUCACAACAAAACAUUACAGUUAGCAUUAGCUCAGGGCUAACGAGACCUGCUCUAGUCCUGAUCCAGGACAGACCGUCAUCAUUCAGCGACUCAGCGUUUUAUUUUCAGGAGCAAAGUUAGACAUACAAACUCACCUGAUGUAGGAAAUCUUCUCAGAGAGUCUGACAGAAGAAGGUCUCCGCCAUUAAAGACAAUACAAACAUGACGUGUUUCUCAGUCUGAGCUCUUGUCUGUUCUCGUGUUCUUAUGAAACAUCAUCAGUUCAGUUUAAAGUCUGAACAAGAACUCUGAUGUCCCUGUUCUCAGUGUAAUGUUCUGCUUCUUCCUGUUCUCAAAGUUCAAACUGUUUUAUUAAAAUGACCUUCUGUAAACUGGCAGAUCUUCUUCCUCUCUGACUGCACUGUUGUUCAGCUGCUCAGCGUCGCCCCCGCUGGUCAGACGUCUGUACUGACUCUAAUGGGAGAGACCUUUCUCGGUCUGAUGAAUCAGUUUAGUAUCAGAUACCUAACGAUAACUAAUUAUUGUCUGAUGUCUGUGACGCAUGAUCCUUAACAAACAACAAACCCCAGAUCCCUUCAUUUAUCCAUCAAUCAGAAAAACUCCUCAAAAAGGGAAAUUUCCCCUUAAUUUAUUAAGUUUAAAUGAUUUUAGUUUAAAUUAGGGCUCUAAAAAAUGCAUCUUCACAUUCAUAUUUUAAUACAUCAUGGGGUUUUUAAUUGAAUAUCUGUAUGGAUUAAGGGAUUAUUAAGGGGUAGAAAGAUAUUAAAAUGUAUAAAUUACUAUUAUAGGUAAGUUUUAAUUUGUCCUGUGAAAGGAUCUUAAUUUUUCAGUUAAACUACAAAUGAAACGUUCAUUAACCCAAAUUUGAGGUUAAUUAAUGUAAGACAUUAUAUUAAGGGUUUUUUAAAAGGAUUAUCUCCAUGAGGUUCAAAAAAAUUAAAUCACCGCAUUAAAGCAUCACAUUUCACCUUCACUGAAAACAUAAGGUCCUUUUAUAGUUUGGAGGGUUUUUACAUCAUUUGUUGACAUUUAAAGAAGUUUUACCCCUUAAAAAACUCAAACCUUCAGAUAAAAAUACAUUAUCUAUAUGAUUAUUAUAAUAAUGUAAUAAUAUUAAAUCACUAAUGAUUGAUAAAUUAAUGGAUGUCACUUUAAACCACUUUACAUAUGAAUUAUGUUUUAUCUUCUCAGCUUUAUAAACAGCACAGUAACAACGGCGCAGGGUGUAGUCGGGGGGGUUGACAAUACUUCAAGUCAAUAAGCAAUAUUGCAAACCAAUUUAAAUCAACUGGAAACGUCGUCCACAAUGUGUCUGAAGAGAUGAGACGCAGCACUUUUAUCCUCUCUGUAACAGUAACACUAACCACCAUGCUAGUGUUGUCAUGGUAACCAAAACACACCUGAUUUCAGAGCAAAAAACAAGCAACUUAAAAAUCAGACCCAUCAGCUGCUUGUUGUGUUCGUUCGACAAGAAGACAGAACAAAGACAUUUAUUUUGACACGGUUCUUUUCUCAGACGUCUUUAAAAUAUUUAAAAUAUACAAAUUACAUAAUAUAUAGUUUAUAUGUAUAUAAAAUAUAUAAAAUAUAUAUGUGCACUAAAUGAGCGUGGGGCGUCGAUGGUUGUUAAUGAUUAUAUUAAAUACAUGAAGUUCAUAAGGUUUUAAUAACAUUUCAGUUAAAAAAACAGACAUGUUUCCUCUGAGGAUUACCCACAAUCCUCCACUGUCACAGUGCAGCUGCCUGAUUCUGACAGCAGGUGGAGCUGCUGUACUGUUCACCUGUGUGUGUGUGUGCGCGCGUGUGUGUGUGUGUGUGUGUGUGUGUGUGUGCACGCUGGUCCAAUCAGAGAGCAGCGUUACAGACAUCAGUGAUGUCAGAGUGAGAGGAAGUUUUUAUCAGACUGAAUAUGAAACAUUUAACAUCCCAUAAUAUACACCUGUCAUCUACUUCACUUCAAAUAACAGUCGUGCAUUCGAAAUGUGUCUCCAGUCAAACUACACAAGUUAAACUGUGAUUCUACUGAUCAAUAAAUGUAUCUAUUGAUCUUUAUUAUUGUAUUUACAAUAAAUAUGUUGUAAACUGUGGACAUGAUGUCUAUCUUUCCAGUGAUCUGAUUGGUCAGUGGUCGGGUCUCAAGUUAACCAGCCGUUGGUUACCAUAGUGGUAUAUCUGGUUACCAUGGUGAUA